AUGGCCUCCCGUGUCUUCACUCAGCGCCUGGCUUCCACCAUGGCCCAGACCUCCAAGGUCGCCCGCCCUGCCGCCCGCUUCCAGCUCAACGCUGCCACCAAGCGCACCUUCACCCAGAAGGCUCCCGCUGCCACCUUCGGUGCCCCCAAGCGCGUCGCCGCUCCCACCGUUCUCCAGGCCAACGCCCGCCAGGCCUUCCAGUCCGCUGCCCGCCGCCAGUACUCCUCCGAGGUCGCCACCGCCAUGGUUGAGGUCUCCAAGAACCUGGGUAUGGGUUCCGCCGCCAUCGGUCUCGGUGGUGCCGGUAUCGGUAUCGGUCUCGUCUUCGCCGCUCUCCUGAUGUCCGUCUCCCGCAACCCUGCUCUCCGUGGCCAGCUCUUCUCCUACGCCAUUCUGGGUUUCGCCUUCGUCGAGGCCAUGGGUCUCUUCGAUCUCAUGGUUGCCAUGAUGUGCAAGUACGUCUAA